AUGGUAAUCCUCUUGUGGCUGGUGCUCGGUGUCUUCAAUCUUCAUUCUUCAAAUGUUCUUGUUUCAGAGUGCCUUGCCCUUAGAGGCGGUCUUUUAGCUGCCAAGAGAUUCAACGACAAGAAUCUUCUAGUCAAAGGAGACUCAUUGUUGGAGAUCAAUUCUAUACAUAAUCCUGCCAAUGCCCCUUGGAGAAUCAAGCCAACCACAACUCUGGAAAAGCACCAGAUCGAAGCAGACCAAACCUUCCAUGACUUGUACGGCCUUCAAUCUCACCACCAACCCCCUUCUCCCUUCAAGACCGACCCGAAUCUGAAACCCGUACCCUACCCUCCAUCCUUUCCUCCCUUUAUGUUUAACCCCCAAGCAGAAACGAUGUCGUUUCUCCCCAAACGUCACCUCUUUGGAGCUCCCGCUCCUUCCCUUGACCUUGACCGAGGUUCUGGUUCCAUUUGAGAGUAGAACACUUCAUCUAUAUGAAGCAAGAUACCUUGCUCUACCAGAGGAGGUAAUUUCUUUUUUGUUCUUAACAUUUUUAGUGAACUGGGAGGUUAUCGCGUGCAUUGAUUAUGUUGUUGAUGUGUAGAAGUUCAAUCUUUGUGGUGCAGUUACUAUCGAAGAGCAAGAAGUUGUUUGUGCAUUUUGUGUUGGAUCCUAUCAUUAUUGAUGAUUCAAAGGA